CAGGCAAAAUUACAAAAAUGCAAAAUGCAAUCUAUGAAAGUCACGAAACGAGAUAUCGGCAUAAGCGCAUCGAAACAUGUCGGAUUUAAAGUUAUAAAAAUUAAAAAUGAGUGAAGUAUUUGAAUUUAGUAAUGUUUAGUCAUAAUUAACUGGAAAUUAAUUGCAAUAGAUUGACAUACACUGACUGAUCGUCCAUUAUCUCACUCAAGAAUUUUUAAACGUCAAUUGCUAUCAUGGUUGGUAAUACGUUAUCAAAGAAAGCUUGUAGCUUGUUUUUCUUCAUAAUUUGUGGAAACCUUUUCUUGGUCUUCUCACAGUUGGAAAACGCAGAUAUUGAAUGGCAUCCACAAACUGGACUAAAAGAGUAUAAAUCUUUAUGGGAUGCAAAGAUUUAUGUACUAGAUGUCCCUGAAUACUCAAGUAAAAUGGAAAUAUCUUUUAUUUAUGUUGGAAACUAUGUAGGAACCAAUAUACAGUGCAACCAAACCGUUUCAGUACUGUUACAACAAGGGAGCCCAGCGAUACCUUUUGUGGAAGAAAUUUAUACAUAUAAUGAGAUUUACAACAUAACUGUCCCUGCAUUUAAAGGAGAAGCAUGCCAUCGAUGUAGGUUAAAUAAAAUAAUCCAAUCUCCUUUACCUGGCAAAUGGUAUGUCACUGUAUAUCUUCCUUUUGUGGAAAAAGUGACAAAAAUUAAGGAGAAGGGUUUAUUUAAAGAAGACAAGAAAUGUGUGAGUGCUAUUGGAAUUAAGCAGUUGUUAACAUCUCCAUCUCAACCUCCUGUUGUACUCGCUAAGGGACAAUCAUGGAAAACUAUAGCUAGCCACAGAUUGCCCUUAUACUUCAAAUAUUAUGUGUCAUCAUACUCUAAAGAACUAUCUGUUUCACUUCACUGUAUUUCUUCUAUGAAUUGCUCAUUGAGAUUGUCGAUAUCUUUGUCGUCUUUACCAAAGUCUUCAUCACUAAAUUGUAAAGCGCCAUGUACACUCACAAUUUCUUGGCCUCAAUUUCCUGCCUAUUACUAUAUAGAAGUCAGUGGUCAGACCCUGUCGUAUGAGAUUAUGGCAAAUCAUACAGAGUGUAAAUCCACUUCUGACGGUUGCUUUGAUAUGAAGUCAUUGGACAUUAUCUCACGGAAGGACCUUAAUAAUUACUGGGGUGACUUCGUCUUUAAGGCAUCCUCUGUGCAUUUUGUUUUCCGUCUGUACAUCGAUGAAGAAUUGGUUGGUACUACGUUGCGGUUUGCUCUCACACCUGUUUCUUCCUAUAACAAAACGAAAUACAAGAUGUGCGUCACGAAGGACAUUUUACCUUUCCAUGACAAAACGUCGCAUGAGAUUUUUCCACAAUUUUGCCGGGAAAAGAGCCAUGGAGCUCUAAUCAUAAAAGUCGUUUACCCUCAAGCUGGUUUUUGGUAUGUAGCUAUUGACAUCGAGGAACCCUCGCCAAUCGCCAUUUUUACAGCAGGCACACAAAAUUGUGUAAACAAUUGCAAUGAAAAUGGUUAUUGUUCUGUAAAGAGUGAUAUUGGUAUUUCUUACGAAAUAUGUACUUGCAAAUAUGGAUACAGUGGGUUGACAUGCUCUACUUACCAAAGUCUUGAUAUACUGGCUAUUUGCCUGCUUACCAUCAGUAACAUUGCGUUUAUUCCUGGUAUCAUCAUCGCUUUUGUGAAAAGAUUUUAUGCAGAAUCUAUAGUUUACUUUUUCACAAUGUUUUCUUCGACGAUGUACCACGCGUGUGACAGCCAUGGUUAUUGUAUCUACGAGUAUAAUACACUUCAGCUGAGUGAUUUCUUUGCCUCAAUUCUUUCUGUAUGGGUGACACUGGUAACCAUGAUUAAAUUACCUACUUUAUGGCGUCUAACAUUAAAUAUGGCAGCGGUAUUGGGUCUCUUUAUUGCUACUCAUCUCGCUCGAUUUAGUUUCCUGACCUUUGUCGUUCCCACUGGUAUCGGUUUGAAGUUGGUCUUCAUUUCUUUUGGGUACAAUUGUAUAAAACGAAGGCGGCUCUUUCCCAGCGUAAAAAGAUGGUUUUUCUUUCUUAUACCUGGAUUUCUGAUCGCAUCCAUUGCUCUCGGAAUUUACGCUGGUCUGGAAACAUCAGCCAAUUAUAAAUAUCUUCACAGUGCAUGGCAUGUGGCCAUUGCAUCGUGUAUUCCAUUGCUACUGCCAUCAGUGAAAAAACCUAAGAUAUACGUCGACUAUCGUUUGGUUAAUAGUGACGAAAAUUCAUGCGAUAGUGAUGAAUCAUUAAUGAUGAAUCGUGUUGGCUCGAGUGAUGAAUAAGAUGAAAUAAAUUUUCCAAAACACAUCACAUGAUCUAAACCAAUAACAACGGUAAAAAUUCACAUAUAAUUCACGCAAUAGAAUGAAGUAAACCAUGAAACAUCUCAUGGUCAAAUUAUGGUCGAAACACACAGUUGGAUAUUGUACUCAUCGUUCACAUGAUACAUUUACAUAUUAGUUACAGGUGCAACAUCAAGAAUAAUGUUGAAGUUAGGUACGUACAUACACGCACAUUCAAGAACAUUUAUAUAUGAAUAGACAAUUAAGAAAGAAAAGACUUUACUUUGUUUGCACCAUGGCCUUGUGUAUACCGAGGAGACCUUUGCGAGAACUCGAGAGCAGAUCAGUGCAAGUCCAAGACCAAAGGUCGAGGGCUGCACCUGCUCGGGAGUUGUCCCAAACGUCUGGAGGUUUGCAUAAGCCACUGCAAACUCGAAAAACAUCUUUUAUUUCUGUUGUAAAAUACAAAUAAUGCGAAAAGACAAAUUUAAAACAAACGUUUUAAUUUUUUCUGUAAAAUGUUUUCAUGAUCGAUUUGCAAAUUUUUUAUUAUUGAUUGUUUUGAUUGAUUUGAUUGGUUGAGCUCAGCUCUCUUUUCCACUGGCUAAUGCAAACACGGCUAUAGACCAAUCACCACACACGUUUUAUUUGUUUUUCUUUUAUAACUGUAUAUAAAGCAUAGUUGAUAAUUGCAUAUUGUACCUUUAACUGCCUGAAUUCUACCAGCAUUAAUCCUUAGAAUGGGGCACUAAUUCAUGAUCAAUACGAUUUUUUAAUCGUUGAUUCAAUACAAAUUCUACAUGAUUGUUCA